AAGUGUGAGUGAGAGCAGAGCUGCAGUCAAGACAAGUCUCUGUGUUUCUCUCUACAGAAACAUUCAACUGAAUCCAGCACGUCUUUAUCAACAACUGAGUGUCGAUAUGUCUGCUGCCAGCUGUCUGCUGACUGAAGAUCAGUUUCUGUGCUCCAUCUGUCUGGAUGUGUUCACUGAUCCAGUCACCAUACCAUGUGGACACAACUUCUGUAAAACCUGCAUCACUGAACACUGGAGUACUAAUGUCAAGUGUCAGUGUCCAAACUGUAAGAAGGUUUUCAACACCAGACCUGAGCUGCAUGUCAACACUUUAAUAUUUGAGAUGGCUGCUCAGUUCAGACAGUCAGCUCAACAGAAAGCCAGCAGCAGCAGCUCAGAGCAACAACUUUCCAAACCAGCAGAGGUUCAUUGUAACAUCUGCACUGGAACCAAACUGAAGGCCCUGAAGUCCUGCCUGGUGUGUCUGAUGUGUGUCUGCAUGCUCUGUGCUAUUUCAGACCACAAGACACAUGAUGUUGUUCCUCUGAGAGAAGAAUAUGAAGGAAAGAAGGCCGAGCUGAAGGUUGAAAUUCAGCAGAUGAUCCAGAAGAGACGACUGAAGAUUGAGGAGAUCAAACACUCAGUGGAGCUCAGUAAGAAAGAUGCAGACAGAGAGAUAGCAGAUGGUGUUCAGGUCUUCACCGCUCUGAAGGAGUCUGUUGAGAGAAGCCAGGCCGAGCUCAUGGACACGAUCAAAGAGAAGCAGAGAAAGACAGAGAAACAGGCUGAAGGCUUUAUCAAAGAGCUGGAACAGGAAAUCUCUGAGCUGAAGAAGAGGAGCACUGAGGUGGAGCAGCUCUCACGCUCUGAAGACCACGUCCAUGUCCUUCAAAGCUUCUUGUCCCUGAACACUGCUCCACCCACCAAGGACUGGACAGAAGUCAAUGUCAGUCCACUAUAUGAGGGGAAUGUGAGGAGAGCUGUGAGUCAGCUGGAGGAGAUGAUUAGUAAACAGCUGAAGAAGCUCUUCACUGAAGUCGAGCUGAAGAGAGUCCAGCAGUCUGCAGUGGAUGUGACACUUGAUCCUGAUACAGCACAUCCUGAACUCAUCCUGUCUGAUGAUGGAAAACAAGUUCAAACUGGUGAUGUAAAGAAUAUUCUCCCAAACAAUCCAGAGAGAUUUGAUACUUGUUGUAAUGUCUUAGCAAAGCAGAGUUUCAUUUCAGGAAGAUUUUAUUAUGAGGUUCAGGUUAAAGGGAAAACUGACUGGUAUGCAGGAGUGGCCAGAGAGUCGAUCAACAGGAAGGGAAAGAUCACACCAAACCCUCAAAAUGGUUACUGGAUAAUAUGUCUGAAGAAUGAAAAUGAGUACAAAGCUUGUGCUGACCCCAGAGUCAGUCUCUCUCUGAAGUCUCGGCCUGAGAAGGUGGGGGUGUUUGUGGAUUAUGAGGAGGGUCUGGUCUCCUUUUAUGAUGUUGAUGCUGCAGCUCUUAUCUACUCCUUUACUGGCUGCUGCUUCACUGAGAAACUCUAUCCAUUCUUAAGUACAGAUCCCAAUUAUGGUGGUAAAAACUCUGCCCCUCUGAUCAUCUCUCCUGUCAAUCAGACUAUGUAGAAAAGCAAGUGGAUUUUCUACAGAAAGACUCAGUGUCAUUUGAUGUAAAAAGCUAUACGUAUUUAGAUAAUCUAAGUCAGCGUUGUUUUUCUUCAUUUUUUGAUUGUUGUUUUCAUUUUUUCUAAUAUGAUACAUGUAUGUGACUUAAGACAGAAUUUCUUGCUGUUGGGGUGGGGUUUUUUUUAAACUCAGAUUUAUGAAGUUACAUUACCAUUUAUCACCCCCUCACCCACUAUCUACUAGUGAAUAAAGUCAAAAAUGUCAAAUCA